AUGACAGCCAUCCUGAGCUUUUCUCCCUACCAGCUGUUCACAAUGGAGUCACUCAACGGCAUGAUUGAAACCGAAGCUCCUAAACAAGCCUUCACUGUUCCCUCUGGUCAGGACCCAGAGAGAAAUGAAAUUGAGCCAGUCACAGAUGGUGGGAGUCAAGCAAGUUCCCAGAUUGUCAUAACAUCACUGGCAACCUCUUCCUUUAACGGAGCGGGUGGUGGGGUAAAUAAGAACCUUCCAGAACCAGCAGCCACGACUGCCGGAUCCAAACAACAGAUGGCUUUCAAGCUGUUCACAGCUGCAAACACGGGACAGGCCUUUCCUGGAAAAGGUGAUUCUGGAGAUGAGAACAGUGGUAGUACACGCAUGCCAUUUGCUGGAACUAACAAAGGCAUUACAUUUGAUGGCUUCUUAGCUCUUGCUGUCUUAGAUACACCAAAGGGAAAUGGCAGUGACCCAGAGAAGCCCUGCUUUUGUAAAAUUCCAGGAGCAGAAGGACAAAAGAGAGAUCAAGAUAUUGCAACACUAGAUAGAAGAAAAGGACAACUACAACAUUUGACAGGCGUUGGACAAGAGCUAAUGGCAGAAAGGGGGGAUUCCAGUUCCAAAUUACUUAAUGGUCAGACAGAAGUACAUGAUUGGUCUAAUAAUUCUCCUUGUCAAAGAGGUGAGAAAGGCAAGGUUGGAGAUCGUGGCCCCAGAGGCUUUCAGGGGCUGAAAGGAGACAAAGGAGAAAAUGGCGAAUUGGGUUCAAAAGGUGACCUUGGACUGAAAGGGAAUCCUGGAGAGAAAGGAGAAAGAGGUCUUAUGGGUAGAAAAGGAGCAAAAGGCUUAGCAGGGUCACCGGGAUCUCAAGGGCCUCUUGGUCUCAAAGGCGAUCCAGGAAGACAAGGAAAAACAGGUUCAUCUGGAAUCCAAGGAAUGCCUGGUCUUCGAGGCCAAAAAGGAGAAAAAGGGCAAAAAGGGAACUGCAAAGCAGUUGAACCCACUGCAUUUUCAGCUGGUCUUCAGAAAAGGAGAAGUUUCCCACUGCCAGGAUCUCCAGUGAGAUUUGAUAAAGUUUUUCUGAAUGAAAACGAUGGGUUUCAUGCAGAAUCUGGCAGAUUUACAGCCACCACUGGAGGUACCUAUUAUUUUAGUUAUCAUCUCAGCAUUUCUAGCAAAUCACUGAAGGCUGCACUUUUUCAUAAUGGCCAACAAAUUCAACAAGUGUCUGGUGUAAGACAGUCCCCACGUGACAUUAGUCAGGUCUCUGGGUCAAUGUUGGUUCAACUUUCUGAAGAUGAUGAAAUUUGGCUUCAAAUUUUGAAUGCCUCUCAAAAUAGCCUAGUGGCUGAUGAAAGUUCUGAUUCAGUAUUUUCAGCUGCAAAAAUGUGGUGUCUGAUUUGGUCCUGCACCUUCCUAUUAAUGACAAUUGCUGAUCUUGCUAUUGAGGGAAAAAGCACCCCAUUUCCAAAGUUUACUAAAAUAAAAGCUAUUGAGAUGGAAACCACCAAGAAUCCAGAUGCUUCUCAUGAGGCCCCUACAGAAGACAGCCUCCUCACAGAAAUACCUGAAAAGAACGACGUCACAACAGAAUUGUCUACACCACACUAUGCCUCCAGGACAUCCACGACGCUCUUCCCAUUUGAAAACUUUACUCUGGACUCUUCGGACUUCUUUUUUAACUGCUGUGAUUGUUGUGCCUUAUCUCCAGGGGAGAAAGGGGAACCUGGAGAAACAGGAUUGCCAGGACUUAAAGGAGAAGUAGGAGAAAAAGGCCGUUCCGGUGUACCAGGAACUCCUGGAUUACAAGGAUCAAAAGGAUUCAAAGGAAACAAAGGAGAUAAAGGAGAACAUGGUGAUCAAGGAGCAAAUGGCACCCCAGGAUAUCCGGGCAGACCCGGAGACCCAGGAGAAGUUGGAUUUAAAGGAGAUAAAGGAAACCAUGGCCUUCCUGGAGUCAAAGGACAAAAGGGCUCCAAGGGGGAAAAUUGUGAGAAUGGCACCAAAGGAGAGAAAGGAGACAUGGGAGAACUGGGGUUACCAGGGGUUGAUGGGGAAAAUGGGGAAAAAGGAGAAAAGGGGGACAUUGGUGAAAAGGGCUAUUUGGGGGAUCCAGGGGAAAAAGGAGAAAGAGGUGAGAAGGGUGACAUUGGGCCAAAAGGAGAAAAGGGCAUUAAAGGAGACAUAGGAGUGGAAGGUGGGCAUGGGGAGGAUGGGCAAAAGGGAGAAAAAGGGGGACCUGGAAUUAGGGGUGACAAAGGAGACCAAGGUCCAAUUGGUUUGAUGGGGCCUCCAGGGGUGAAAGGAAGUCUCGGUUUCAAAGGAACCCGAGGAGCUCCUGGUAAAAAAGGUGCAAGAGGCCCCAAAGGUCCAAAAGGGGAGACCCCAACUCUCCCCAGAUCAGCAUUUAGUGUUGGCCUAUCCAAACCUUUCCCGCCCCCAAACCUGCCUAUUAAGUUUGACAAGAUACUGUACAACGACCAGGAACACUAUAAUCCAUUGACAGGGAAAUUUAAUUGCAGCAUUGCUGGGGCUUAUAUCUUCUCCUAUCAUAUGACGAUACGAGGACGUCCUGCCCGCAUCAGUAUUGUCUGUCAGAACAAGAAGAUGAUCAGAAGUCGGGAGACACUCUAUGGCCAAGAGAUAGACCAGGCUUCCUUCCUUACCAUUCUGAAGUUAAAUGUAGGGGACCAAGUAUGGCUAGAAGUCACAAGGGAUUGGAAUGGGGUUUAUGUUAGUGCUGAAGAUGACAGCAUAUUUUCCGGCUUCCUUUUAUAUCCUGAGGAAAUAUUUGACACUCUGCUAUAA